AUGCGUCCUCUAUCAGUGUCGCCGGUGCUUGCCUCCCUGGCAAAUGUCUUCAAAAUCCCCCUUUCACAAUCCACCCUCCGCCCAACGAUUCCUCUUGUCAACCAGCAGAUCUCGAAUUCAAGCAAGCCUUCGACGCCAUCUGGAAGCUUGCAAUCCAGAGCUCCAUUUUCUACAACGGCUGCGCUCCUUAGACGGAAGCCUCAAUAUGUUGAUCGGAGAAUUACACUAAUCCGCUACUUCCUCUACCACCCCCUAACCCCGCGCCCUCUCCGCUUCAGUCGAACGCGCUUCCUGCGCCACUGGACGAUCCACCGCGCCUGGCAACUGUACCAGGCAACCCGCCGACGCAACCACCAGCUUGAGCUGCAGCGCCAGUGGCAGGCCAUGAACGCUGCGUGUGAGGAGCUGCGAACUGGAGCAGGCGAUGGCGGGAAGUUGUUCCGCAAGAGUAUGAUCAAGACAAGGAUUUUCCAGGAUAUGUUCCCGAUUGAGUACACGCGGUUGCAGACGGAGGGACCUGGCGAUGGAUGGGACCAUGAGUGGAAGAGGGUUGACCGCAAGUCGAAGAAAUGA